AUGUCUGCUAUAGUGCUCAGUCCGAGCAAGAAUCUGAAAAUGGAAGAGAAUGAUGCUGGAGUUUCAUCUUCUCAGGAAUCUGAAGGAUGUUGUAGUCAAAGUUCAAGGAAAGUCACACUGGGGUCCAUGAUCCAAACGGAAAGAGUAAAGCAUUUGUCUUUAUCAGAGUAUCGAGAGACCAAUGAAAAUAGCGAGUUGAUUUCACAAAUUAACCGUGUGAUACAUAGAUCUAGGAAAUGUGCUGUACUUACAGGAGCUGGAAUAUCCUGUAAUGCGGGAAUACCAGAUUUUAGGUCAUUUGAAGGUCUUUAUAGGAUGGUUAAAGAACAAUACCCUGAUGUGAAUAUCAGGUCAGGACAGGAUAUGUUUGAUAUAUCGCUAUUUCGAGAAGAAGAGAAAAUCAGUGUUUUUGCUUCAUUCAUGGAGAAUCUAUAUUCACACACAAUUCAAGCCAAACCAACAAAGACGCACGAAUUUAUAGCACAUUUAAAGAACAGGGGCAAACUUUUACGUUGUUACACACAAAAUAUUGAUGGGUUAGAAGAAAUGUUAGGAUUACAGAUGUCAAAAUCUAGGGAUGCAGAUCAAUCAUUCUCCAUCCAAUGGAAAAAUUUGGAUGUUGUACAAUUACAUGGAGAUUUGACAACACUCUCAUGCACACAGUGUUUCAAAGUCUUCUCAUGGUCAAGGCAUUGGAAACGUUGUUUGAAGAACGGAGAACUUCCAGUGUGUCCAAAGUGUCUCGAAAAGAAUAACAGAAGAUCUAUCGAGGGUAAAAGAUGUUUGGGUCAUUCGGGUAUGCUACGUCCUAACAUAGUUCUUUACGGCGAGAACCACCCAAACGCAGAUUUUAUUACACAGGGAUUGAACAUGGAUAUCAACAGAGGGAAACCUGAUUUGUUUUUGAUCAUGGGAACAAGUUUAAAAGUUGAUGGUGUCAAAAGAUUGGUGAAAACAAUUAGCAAACAAGUUCAUGAUCGUGGUGGUUUAGUAAUACUAAUUAAUAAGACAAGCAUAGGUGAUUGUAACUGGCAUGGGAUUAUAGACUACCAAAUAGAAUCUGAUUGCGACGAAUGGGUCACGGAAUUAAAGAAACAUAUGAGCGACUUUUUCCUAUCGCAGCAACAACUAGAAAAGGUUAGACAAAUGAAAAGAGAGGCUAGUGAGUUAAGGAAAAGGCAAAGGGAAGAAAAACAACUGCUUUCACAGUCUUCUCAAUCACCAACUACUCCUCCGAAUAGUCCGAAGAAAAGAAAGACGGCAACUUUACCCAACGAAAAAUCGAUACCCAAACUCAAGAAGACAAAAUCGCUAUGUAUGCUACCUUCUCCAGAAGAAAUGUUUAGCAUGUCACCAAGAACUACAAGCUCUGUAUCCUAA